AUGUCUGUCAUAGAAUUAUGUGUUGAAGUUGAUGUUGCGGGUGCUUCUGCAAUUAAUUUGACAAAUUCAUUGUUAUCAUGCGGAAAUAAUAUGUCUCACAAUGAAUCGGGUAGUGCAACAGUUGGAACAAAUUCAGAAGAAGAUUUUGAUGAUGAUGAUUAUUUAAUAUCUAAUUCAUACGUUGAGAACUCACUAGAUGAGGAUGAGGAUAUUAAUGAAAUGUCUGACACAGAUGAUGAAGCUGCCCGUUUGAUCGAACCACUUACAGUUGUGCAAUCGGGAGAAGGUGGAAGUCAGACUCCAUUUUGGGAUUCUGCUUCUCACUAUAGUAAUAUUAAUUGGAGUUAUCCUGACCAAGAAGAAAUUUGCGGUUUAGAUAUGGAAUCAAAUUUUAAUAUGGGUCAAGAAUUAUAUAAAUAUGUCGUCUGUUGUGGAAAUAGAAGCGAUGACAUCCCAUGCCCUUUUUAUAUGAGGGCAAUUUUAUCAAAAAAAACUGAUACAUGGAAAGUUACGCAAUGGGGAGGACCACACAGUUGCUUGAAUAUGAGUAUAACUCAAGACCAUGAUAAAUUGGAUUCUAAUUUGAUUGCCACUUGUGUACUAGGGAUGAUCAAAGAAGAUCCGUCACUCAAGAUUUCUUUGAUUCAAGAGAGGAUCAAUGGAAUGUUUAAUUACAACAUUUCGUACAGGAAAGCGUGGAAGGCAAAGCAAAAGGCAAUAACAAUUGAAUAUGGCGACUGGGAUGAGUCUUAUGCCGUUCUUCCGUCAUGGCUGAAACACAUGCAAAAUCAUUCGCCAGGAUCGUAUUAUCAAAUUUGUGAUGAUGAUUUUGUUGUUGGCAAUACUGUCAGCCGUGAACACCGACAGUUCCAUCGAGUCUUUUGGACCUUCGGUCAAUGCAAAGAGGCUUUUAAAUAUUGCAAACCAGUCAUACAAGUUGAUGGUACAUUCAUGUAUGGGAAGUAUCGCGGUACGCUGUUAAUUGCAACAACACAAGAUGGAAAUAGUCAUGUUCUUCCGCUUGCAUUCGCUGUGGUUGAGGGGGAAACAUUAACAGCGUGGUCAUGGUUUUUGGCACACUUGCGUGAACAUGUCACAGAUAAAGAUGGUAUCUGUCUCAUUUCUGAUCGUCAUGCAAGUAUAAAGGUAGCUGUUGCGAAUGAAGCACUUGGGUGGCAACCUCCUCAUGCGUAUCAUGUGUAUUGCGUGCGCCACAUUGCAAGUAAUUUUAAUCACAAAUUUAAGAAUGGGAAACAAAAAGAAAUGUUAAAAAAAUUAGGAUACACCCCGUGUAAGCAUAUUUUUGAUAGAAAUUUUGAUAAAUUUUGUGAGCUGAGUCCCCCAGUAAAAGCAUGGAUUGGGAAGAUCUCAAAAGAAAAAUGGACAAUGGCAUAUGACAAAGAAGGUCGUAGAUACGGUCAUAUGACAACCAAUCUAUCCGAAUGUGUAAAUAAAGUUUUUAAGGGAUGUCGCAAUGCACCAAUAACUGCCCUUGUGAAGUCAACAUACAGCAGGUGUCGAAAGUAUUUUGUUGAUCGUGGUCGUCAAGCACAAAGGGAAAUACGCGAUGGUCAAAUAUAUUGCUCACACGUCAUGAAAAAACUUCGGGAAAAUCAAGAAAAGGCUUGUUCUCACAUUGUUCGGACAUAUGAUAUUCAGAGAACAAUAUUUGAGGUUGAGGAGGCUUUCGACCCUAUGACUCAACGAGGUGGACAUAAAUGGACAGUUAACUUGAAUGAGCGCUACUGUCAAUGUGGACAAUUUACUACUUACCAUUAUCCGUGCUCUCAUAUCAUUGCUGCGUGUGGUACUGUUAGCAUCAACUUCUAUCAAUAUAUAGAUGUUGUGUACACAAAUGACUACAUAUUACGUGCUUACUCCGCACAAUGGUGGCCUCUUGGGAAUGACGAUGCGAUUGUCCCAUCUGAUGACCCGUGGACACUUGUGCCUGAUCCAAGUUUUAUUCGUGACAAAAAAGGAAGGCCAAGAUCAACUCGAUUAAGAAAUGAAAUGGAUUGGAGGGAGCCAUCGCAAAGUCGCUACAAGUGUGGCAGAUGUGGGACAGUAGGACACAACCGGCGUAAUUGUCCAUUGCAAUCUCAACAAGGCAGUUGUUGA